AUUGAAAAUCAACCCUAAGCUCCUUUUAUCUUCGCUCUAAAGGUAGUCUCGAUUAUUGCUGACUUAAGCAUCGGAGUGUCUACCCCAAAGACCCACCUCGGGGUUUUGCAGGUCAAUCCGGAGUGCAAAUUUGGACUAAAGAAGGACUUUUGGUUUGGUGCAAUUACAUUUGGCACCGUCUGUGGGAAACCGAAUUGAAAGCUCUCUUAUCUCAUCAUGGUUAACACUCGAUCAGUCCGAGCUGGAAACUCAUCUCAGCCUCUUGGACAAGGCAAGGUCCCCAGCAACCUUCCACCUCACCUCCCACUCCCAAUCCUAAAUAUGUUCCCUCAUGUUGAUCAUGUAGAAGGAGGAGAUGAAAAUCAACCACACAAUUCAGCUCACAACUCAGCUUCUACUGCCAACCAAGACGUAGUUGCAGCUCAGCUUGCUGCCAUGCAACAAUAUUUUGGUGUCUUUCAGCUAGUACUGGCUCAGCUAUUAGCCCGGAACAAUCUUGGCGAUCCCUUUAUCAAUUUACUCAACCCUGCUCAACAACCCCCAGCUCCACAGCAAAACCCUAAACCCGUUCAACAUGCUCCUGCUCUUAGUGAAUCUCAGGACCAGUCUCACAUCGCACCAGCUCAGCAACCCUUUCCUGAUGAUGUAACUCGACGUCUAGACAGCUUAGAAAAGCUAGUAGUUGAACAGCGAGGUGCCCCACCUCCACACCAUGCUGCUGACUCCAUACCUCAUCCUCUAAACACCAACAUCACACUGGAACCUUAUCCCGUUGGCUUCAGGACACCACAACUUGAGACUUAUGAUGGGACGAAGGAUCCCGAUGAUCACCUACAUGCUUUCUACUCUUGCAUGAAAGCUCAAAACGCCUCUAACGCGUUGAUGUGUAAAAUCUUUUCCUCUACUCUCCGAGGUAAUGCUCGAACUUGGUAUUACAGUCUACCUCCGAGGUCAAUCAGCUCUUAUACAGAAAUGGCAUCUGCUUUUGCCAUUAAGUUUUCCAGUAGAAGGUUGAUCAGGAAAACUACUUCUGAGUUGAUGCGAGUUAAACAGAAACAGAGGGACGGAGAAUCUCUGAAGAACUAUAUGAGCAGAUUCAAUGAUGCAGUAUUGGAGGUUAGCUCCUUCGACCAGGCUGUGGGAAUUGCAGCUGUGAUCUCAGGUCUCAACCAUGAGAGAUUCAGAGAUAGUUUGAUCAAACAUGUUGCCACCACCUUUAGCGAGGUGAAUGAUAGGUCUCUGAAAUUUAUAACUACUGAAGAAUAUGCCCUGUCGCAGAAACCAACUCCCUCUAAGAAUCAAAACCCAGAUUGGAGAGAUGAGAAUCCAAGCAAGAAACAGAUGAGGAUAGCACAGAACCGAGAGCAAUGCAACAGCUUAAGGUCUGAACUGGAAAGUCUAGCUCAGAAGGAAAUGUUGAAUGAGUAUAUUCAGAAAGCUGAACAGUCGAGGUUUGUCAGAGAACAGAGGCCACAACCUCAAGGAGUCCGUAAUCCACCAAAUAGGCAAGGCGUGGGAUAUCAGCAAGCCCCACCUUCGCUCCCACCACCAGCUAGAAUCAUACACACGAUUACGGGAGGCCUGGAAGUAGUCGUCACACCUCACAAUGACCCUCUAGUCACUUCUGUCAUGAUUAACAAUUGCGAGGUGCAGCAUGUCCUUGUUGACACAGGGAGUGCACCAGAUAUCAUGUACUUUCAUUGUUUUGAGAGUCUUGGGUUGGAUCUAGCUUUGUUGCAACGGUAUGAUGGUCCCAUAUAUGGAUUCAACAACCAACCAGUUCCAGUUGAAGGAGUCCUAACCAUGAAUGUUGCAUUUGAAAGUGGCCGAAAUUAUGUGACUCCUUCAGUUCGAUUUCUAGUAGUCAAGAUGGCAUCCUCUUUCAAUGUUGUCAUUGGCCAACCCACGCUGAUUGAAAUUCGAGCUGUGGUUUCCCAGUCUCACCUAUGCAUGAAGUUCCUAACUCCUAUGGGAAUAGCAACACUGCGAGGCAAUCAGGAGGUGGCCAGACAUUGCUAUAUCACCUCGGUCACACGACCUCAGAAAGACAAAGAUCAAACACCCGAGGCUAAUCCCCAACAGAUUCUUAAUAAUCAACAAGUUAUGGGUGUUGAAAUAGUAGAUAACCGACUAGAAGAUGAAACUAGAGCUAUUCCAGUCGAAAAUGUUGAAGAAGCUAUAAAGGAAAAGGUAGAGAAACUUCUACAAGCUGGUUUCGUCAGAAAAGUUGAUUAUUGCGAAUGGGUGGCUAACCUAGUCCUGGUGAAGAAGGCAAAUGUGCCGAUGGCUUUAGAAGACGAAGAGAAAACCUCGUUCUAUGCUGGUGACGAAAUAUAUUGCUAUGUCAUGAUGCCAUUUGGCUUAAAGAACGUAGGCACUACUUAUCAGAAAAUGGUGACCAUUGUCUUUCGAGCUCAGAUUGGCAGGAAUCUGGAGGUUUAUGUCGGUGACAUUGUGGUAAAGAGCCUGAAAGUAGAAGACCAUCUAACUGACCUCGAUGAAACUUUCAACAAUCUUAGAAAGAAUAGAAUGCGGUUAAACCCAGCAAAAUGCAUCUUCGGCGUGGAGUCUGGAAAGUUUCUAGGCUUCAUGGUGUCCCAAAGAGGGAUUGAGGUCAAUCCAGAAAAGAUCAGAGCAAUUGCCGAGAUGGAACCGCCAAAGUCUGUGAAAGAUAUACAGAGAUUGACAGGGAGGGUGGCAGCUCUUCAUCGAUUCAUAUCGAAGUCAACAGAUAAGUGCCUGCCAUUUUUCAAAAUUAUGAGGUCAACCACCCAAAAAGACGAAUCAGGAAAACAAAAGAAGUUUGAAUGGAGUCAAGAAUGCCAAGUUGCAUUUGAAGAGCUGAAGUCUUAUUUUAGCUCACCACCUCUACUGACUAAAGCGAUAGAUGGAGAGAUUCUCUAUUUGUAUUUGGGAAUUUCAGAUAAAGCCAUCAGUUCGGUUCUGGUGAGAGAAGAAGCCAAACAACAGAAAUCGAUCUAUUAUAUCAGCAGCGUGCUGCAUGGUGCAUUAGCAGUUGUUACUUCAGCCAGGAAGUUGAGGCCAUAUUUCCAGUCACACCCAAUCAUUGUCCUUACAGAUCAACCUCUUCAACAGAUUCUACAGAAGCCAGAGUGCUCCGGAAGAUUAAUUAAGUGGGUAGUAGAAUUGGGGGAAUUCGAGAUAACAUUUCAGCAGAGAUCUGCAAUCCGAACUCAAGCACUAGCAGAUUUAAUUGUAGAAUGCACUCCAUAUGGAUACCGAAGUGAGCAUGCUCUGAAAUUUAACUUCGAUGCAACAAAUAACAUGGCUGAGUAUGAAGCCCUGCUACUUGGUCUACAACUAGCAUUGGAGUUGAAAAUCAGCACAAUCCAAGUAUACAGUGACUCCCAACUGGUGGUGAACCAAAUCAACUCAAUCUACGAAGUCGUUGAUCCUGUGAUGGUGAAAUAUAUAGCCUUGGUGGCCGAGCUGAAGUGCAAAUUCCAGAACUUCUGUCUGAGCAAAAUUCCCCGAAUUGAGAAUGAACAAGUAGAUUCACUUUCUAAGUUUGCCUCUGAUAGCUCUUUAAGUUCCAGAUCAGUUUUUGUGGAGGUCUUAGAUGAACCAAGCUUCAUGAAGCCACAGAUAAUGGAGAUCAGCAUGAACCUAGACACGCUAAGCUGGACUAACUCAAUUAUCUCCUUUCUACAAGACGAGACAGUACUUGAAGACAAAUCUUUCUCACUCCCUCUUUUAUGGUGCUUAAAUCCCUACGAAGUUGAGUACGCACUUCGAGAGAUACAUGAAGGUGUCUGUGGAAGCCACGUUGGUGCUAGAACUCUAGCUCACAAAGUCUUAAGGCAGGGAUAUUACUGGCCAAAUAUGUACAAAGAUGCCACUCACUUUGUUCAUAAACGCCCGAAAUGCCAAUUCUUUGCACAUCUGACUCACCAACCAACAGAAGAGCUCACAAACUUGAUAGCACCAUGGCCAUUUGCUCAGUGGGGACUAGAUCUUUUGGGCCCAUUCGUGAAAGGGGUUGGUGGUGUAACCCAUCUGAUUGUUGGUGUGGAUUAUUUCAAAAAAUGGGUUGAAGCUCGGCCAUUAUCCAGUCUUACCUCCAAGAAGGUUGAAGACUUUGUUUUCAGCUCGAUCAUUUGCAGAUAUGGGAUCCCGAAUCAGAUUGUGGCUGAUAAUGGAACUCAAUUUAAUUGCUCCUCCUUCCAAGAUUUUUGUUCUAGCUACGGGAUCAAAUUGCAGUUCACCUCGAUUUAUCAUCCGAAGUCCAAUGGUAUGGUAGAAUAUGUUAAUAAAUGCAUUUUAGAAGGAAUAAAGCCAAGGUUGGAACAACACAAGGCCAAGUGGGCAGAGGAGCUCAACAACGUUCUCUGGGCAUAUAGAACAACGAGCAAAACUGCCACAGGUGAAACACCCUACCACUUGGCCUUUGGUACCGAAGCAGUUAUUCCUAUUGAAAUAGGAGUCCCAAGCUUCCGGGUCACCCAUUUCGAUGAAGGACAAAAUGGACAGUUGCUUCGGGAAAACCUUGAUCUGCUUGCCGAAGCUGGCCUAACAGGGUUUGAAACUCGUUUUGGCAAACUGGCUCCAAAUUGGGAAGGUCCUUAUACAGUGGCCAAAGUGCCCCAUCCUGGUGCCUAUGUCCUCAAAGACGUUGAAGGAAAGAGAGUUCCUAAAGUCUGGAAUGUCAACAACUUGAAGAAAUUUUACCCCUAAUAAACUUCUUUCAAGUGAUCUAUGUCUUAUUACCCUUUAUACUUAUUACUUCAUGAUUGUUAAGAUUCAUUUUACUUCUUACUCUGUGUAUCUGAGGUCAAUUUGUUUAACAUUCAUUCUUUGAACGUCACUCCUAUUAAUGAAUGUUACUUCGCAUA